AUGAGCUGCAACGAGCGGAGCACGCCGUCGCUGCCGCCGGCCUCGUCGUUGUGCGCCAUCGUCGGAGGGUGCAUGGGAGAGCAAGUCAACUGCAGGAGACAGAAAACGGAUCGGAGCGAAGCUGGAGAUAGAGAGCAGAGCGGGCGGGUUGGGGCUCGCGCGGCGGCCCGCUGGCUGCUGCUGCACAGGAGAUCGGGAGGCGGGCGCCUGGAGGAUGGCGGGAAGUGGAGGGCCGGAGCUUCGUGGGAGAUCGGGAGGCGGGCGCCUGGAGGAGCUUCGUCGGCAGAGCGCCUGGAGGAGAUCGGGAGGCGGGCGCCUGGAGGAGCUUCGUCGGCAGAGCGCCUGGAGGUGGCAGAGCGCCUGGGGACGGAACCUUGCAGGAGCGGGGCGGCGCGGGAAGUGGAGGGCCGGAGAUCCUGGCGCGCCGAAGGAGAUCGGGAGCGGGGCUCACCUCGAUUUGAUCGGGGGCAGAGCAGACAAAAGCUUAAGCCUCUAGUUUCCAGUUUGUUUGUCGAGAAAACCAUGCAGAUCCUCAAUCGCUCACACAUGAACCGAAUUCCCAUACCUUUCUUUGGGUUAGCUCUUGCGCUACUAGUCUCAUUGGCGUCUCACACCAACUCCUGCAUGGAGCAGGAUAAGAUCUCUCUUCUCCAGCUCCUUGCUGGGUUCUCACGGGAUGGAGGCCUCAUGGCAUCAUGGCGGAGCGACAAGGACUGCUGCGCGUGGGAAGGGAUCACCUGCAGCAGUCCCAAUAGGACGGUCACGGAUAUUUUGCUGGCUUCUCGAGGUCUUGAAGGAUCCAUCUCGCCAUUCAUUGGCAACCUCACUGGCCUGUUGCGAUUCGAUCUGUCCUGCAACUCGCUGUCUGGUAGCUUACCACUUGAGUUAAUGCAGUCCAGCAGCAUCAUUGUCCUUGACGUCAGCUUCAACCGCCUCACAGGAAGCCUGAGUGAGCUGCCAUCUUCAGCACCCGUCCAGCCUCUGCAGGUACUUAACAUCUCGAGCAACUUGUUCACAGGAAGGUUUCCACUAACGACAUGGGAGGUGAUGAAGAGUCUGGUCACGCUGAAUGCCAGCACCAACAGUUUUACUGGGGAGAUACCAACUACACCCUGUGCUAGCGCGCCAUCUUUUGCUGUGCUCGAACUCAGUUUUAACCAGUUCAGUGGGAACAUCCCACCAGAGCUCAGUAAUUGCUCUGUGCUGAAAUUGCUCAACGCUGGCUACAACAACCUCAGUGGGACACUUCCAGAUGAAUUCUUCAAGGUUAACUCACUAGAGCACCUCUCGUUACCUAGCAAUUGGUUAGAAGGAGCACUGAAUGGAAUCAUAAAUCUCACUAAUCUGGUCACCCUUGAUCUUGGAGUGAAUGAGCUGAGCGGCAACAUUCCACAUUCUAUAGGUGAGCUGAAGAGAUUGGAGGAGCUACAUCCGGAACUCAACUACAUGUCAGGAGAGCUGCCAUCCGCUCUGAGCAACUGCACAAAUCUCGUAAGAAUUGACCUCAUGAGCAAUCAAUUCAGUGGGGAACUUACCAAGGUCAACUUUGCAAACCUGCCCAAUCUAAAAUAUUUAGAUCUUCUGUACAACAACUUCACUGGAAUAAUUCCAGAAAGCAUAUACUCCUGCAGCAGGCUGACUGCACUAAGGCUGUCUCAGAACAAUUUCUAUGGCCAGUUGUCAGAAAGAAUAGGCAAUCUGAAGUCUCUAUCAUUCCUAUCACUUGUUCGCAAUUCUCUUACAAAUAUCACACGAACUCUUCAGAUCCUUGGGACUUCCAAAAGCCUCAAAACCCUUUUUCUUGGUUUCAACUUCAUGCAUGAGACAAUGCCAAAUGAUUACACUAUUGAUGGUUUUGAGAAUCUUCAGGUUCUGGGAUUAAAUGAUUGUUCAUUGUCUGGAAACAUACCUCACUGGUUAUCAAAGCUCACAAAUUUGAGAAUGUUAUUUUUACUCAACAAUCAACUCACUGAAACAAUACCUGACUGGAUCAGUAGCCUAAACUUCCUCUUCUGUCUAGACAUAUCAAACAACAGCCUUACGGGGAAAAUUCCAUCAGCCUUAAUGGACAUGCCAAUGCUAAGAUCAGACAACAACAUUGCCCCAAACGUCUUCGAGCUGUCUGUUUAUGAUAAGAUUUCAUCGCUCCAGUACCUCAGACUUGGCGCUUUUCCAAAAAUGUUGAAUCUGGGUAUGAAUAACUUUGCUGGUUCUAUCCCUGAAGAACUCGGUAAGUUGCAAGCACUCUUUUCACUAAAUUUGAGCUCCAACAAAUUAUCUGGAGAGAUCCCCCAAUCGCUCUUCACCCUAAAGAAUCUGCAAGUACUUGACUUGUCGAACAAUCGUCUCACUGGUACAAUUCCAGCUGCACUGAAUAAUCUGCACUUCUUGUCAAAAUUUAAUGUUUCCAAUAAUGAUCUCGAAGGACCGAUGCCAACUGUGGGCCAGCUUAGCACGUUUCCUGAUUCUAGCUUUGAUGGAAACCCAACAUUGUGUGGUCCUAUGAUUGUAAACCAUUGCAGUUCAACAGAAGCAGGUCAAGCCACCAUUAUCUCCACAAAAGGUAUUGGCACUAAGGUCGUUUUUGCAAUCGCAUUUGGUGUUUUUUUUGUAGCAGGAGUCCUAUAUGAUCAAAUUGUCUUAUCCAGAUACGUUGGCUAA